AUGGCGUCGGCGAAUUCCCUUACAGCAGGUAGGCAGCUGUGUCUAUUAGCCGACGACGUUGUUCGUGUUCUCCUCCGCCGCAUCCCUCAAAAUUCUCCUGCCAUCCUUCACGGCUAUCAUAGGUUUAGCAUCAAAGGGCGUGUUUAUCCUGCCAUUCUACCUGUAGAAAACAAGAAAGUUACAGGGAGGGUUUUAUUGGGGAUCACUCUUCCAGAAUUAGAAAUUCUGGAUAAAUUUGAGGAUUUUGAAUAUGAAAAGAGGGUUGUUGAUGUUUCGUUAAAGGAUACCCCUGAUGUCUUACAGGCUUAUACAUAUGUUUGGGCCAAGAGUGAUGACACCAAUUUAUAUGGAGAAUGGGAUUUUGAGGUGUGGAGGGAAUCAAAGAUGAAAGAUUUUGUGAAUAUGACAAUGGGGUUUGUGGAAGAAGAAUCUAAGCCAAGAGUUGUAACCUAUGAAUCCUACUAUAAACCAGAAUGAUAUGCCAACAAUCUUUUGAAAGAUCCAUAUAUCUGUAUAGUCUGAAAAUAAAAAACAAAACUGGUUACUUGGUUAGGUUAUGUUUGCCUUAGCAUUCUCUCAUUUUCAUAGGCAUAUGAUUGAUGAUAGAAAAUCCUUGACUU